UGACAUUGACAUCUGUCACCGCUUGCAGAGUGCAGGAAACGCGUAAAUAAAAAUAGAAAUUAAUUAAAAUUUAGCAGUGAUAGCAUUAUUUAAAAAUGUUCUUACUAGUAGGAGAUAAAUCAUCAAAAUUCUAAAUAUUUCAUAGACAAUAUUAGAACCUCACACCUUGAUCACUCAUCGCAUACCGAUGAGCGAUGAUAUAACCUUCUUCUGUUCCUAUUAAUUUUGAUUAAAGUACAAUGAUUUAUAAGUGGUGGCACGUAUUUGUGAGGCGUAGGACUAAACCUAUUCCUGCAGAUACAGCUUUAUUAUGGAAACGCCGACUAAGUGUGGCCUACGCGGUAUUUGCAUGGAAUGCGUUUGGGUUAGUUGUUUACAGCUUUUACCAAGGUAAAGCUGAUUGGGCACAUUAUUAUGGACUGAAAACAGAUGAAGAACACUCAACUCCACCUGGGCAAGCCUGGGCCAAGACUCUUGGGAUUAAAAAUGCCAAAGUGUACAAAAUAUCUGGUUUUACUAAGGUUGGAGAGUAUGAUAUUGUUGAGGGAGAAGCAGCUCAGAGUGACCAGAAAAACGAGCCUGAAACCAAGGAUGAAGAAAUGCUUAAUGACUAAAGAUCUACUACCAUCAUGUAAAUAGUUUAGUUUAAAAAAUACAAUAUAUUCUAAAUUAAUUGCUGUAUUUAUGUAGAAAGAACAUAAACCAUAAAUGAACAAGAAA